CUCCUCUUCGAUCUCCAUCCUAUUCUUGGAGCCGCGACCGAUAUGGCCUCGUCGUCGCCGCCGCCUGGUGGUGUCGACGAUGGUGGCGACCACGGAAUCGAGACAGUCCAAGCGCUCGCCCUUGGACGCUCGAAGCGCAGCACAGCAGGCAAUCGAAUGCGCGCCCUCCUCGAUAAGCAGACGGACCUCGACGAUGAUGACAUGUUUCGCGAAGAAGCAGACGACGACGAAUUUGCAGCAGUCAAGGAGGUUCAGGAGGACAUCUUCGACUCGGACUUUGGAGAUUCGAGCGAAGAUGAGGGCGCGGCGGCCAACGGUGACGAUGAUGAGGAAGCUGGAGAACGCCAGCUCGAGGAGGAAGCACAGCAGAAACAAAGGGCAGCAGCCAAGAAGCGACAGGCGGCCAACAGGAUGGCUCCCUCCGUCAUCAGGCGGCCAAAGCCAACGAAGACGGGCGACACUGCUCCUUCCAAGUCGAAGCGCAUAUCCUUUGCACCAGAGGCGUCCCCUUUCGACGGAUCUUCGAGUAAUCGCCGCGUCUCUUCGAGACGAGCCACAGUCCAAUCAGCACUAGAUACGCAGUCGCGUCUGGAGGAAGCGGAAGCUCGUCGCCUGCAACAUCCAAUGGUUCGCAACCCUCCAAAGCAAAAUCAAAAGCCCUCUCUUACCCAAGACGAGCUCAUCCAUCUGGCCCUCGAUCGCGAAGAAGAGAAUCGCAAGAGUCUCAAGGAAUAUUACGAGGGCGAAGAGGAGAGGAAGCGGGCUGAGAUGGCAAGGGAUAAGAGCGAGCUGCCUUCCAGCUGGCUCAGAUGGAGGAGUGUAAGAGCUGUGCGGGCCAAGACGCCGCCGAUAGCAGCGGCAGCUGUCAACGGUAGAGCGGGGCAAGGCGAGGCUGCGGUCCCUGAGGAGGCGAGUCCUCUAGUUCAAGUCAUGGAUGAUGUCGCGACAGGCGCAAAGGAGCAGACUCAGUCGUCCGUCCGGCAAGGGGAAGACGAAAGCCUCAGCGUGAAGGAGACUGCGCAGGUGCAAGCCGAAGUGCAGGCAUCCACAGGAGCAGACGAAUCAUUGGCAACAGCGGCUACUGCAGAGUCAGAUCAGUCCUUCGAGACACCUCCUCCUCGGGACCUUGCGGACGGAGAUCAAUCUAUGUCCAACACAAGGGCAGAGCCAAACGAGGCCGACGGAAAACCUACGCCGCAAAAAGCUCAACACAACCCACCGAUUGCGCAAGAGCCCUAUGACUCUCUCGCUCAACAGGCAAACCAUGACACCUCCGUGCAAGAGCACCGUGCCUCUUCAUCACAACCGCAGCGACCCGUGGACGUCACUCUCGACCCGGUGCUCGAAGCCCGCAAAGUCGCUGCCGCCCACACCACCGCCACUUCUGCACCGCAGUCCGUGGCUCCUACCUCUCCAUCCCGCCUCGAAUCUCGUAACAUCGUCUCCCUGCACUUCGCGCAUCGCCCCUCCAACAAUAUUGAGGGUCGUCUCGAACAACUCAACGCCCUCUUCGGCAAUCACGUGGAUUGGACCUCAGCGCCCAUCGUCUCGCACCGUAAUAGGCCUAUGCGACCACGAGCGUCACUGUGCGCGAUAACGGGCAAGACGGCUAGGUAUAUGGACGCGAAGACUGGCAUACCUUUCGCCGAUGUGAGGGCGGCGAAGGUUCUGAGAAGGUUGCAGGGGCUGGACCAGCAUGCAGAAGGAGAGGGUUGGGAGUGGAUGGAAUUGACGACUGUGCCUGGGGCUGGUGGCCAGAGCGAAGAUAGGGAGCGCAGUCAGUCGGUCGUGCAAAGCGAGGACCAACCUGCUGAACCCGUCAAGAAGAAGGGCGGCCGCAAGUCAGGAAGAGGAGCGGCGAAUGGCCGGCCAGAAGGCUUCCUGACUGGCUUCUGGUCAGACUCGUAUCCACGCUCGACAGGUUCCACGGCUGCUGGCUCUGGCUCGGCAACAGCGACGGCAGGCUCAUCCAUCACACCUGGGCUCGGCCGCUCGAUCUCGACCUCCUCCUCAUCAGCAAUUUCUUCUGGCCCGCGCAAACGCAAGUCAGCCUUUUACUACGACUACAGCGGGAUUGCCCCCGGAGACGAGAAGGCCAUCAUGGAGAGAGCGUUGGCUCUUCCUGAGGGGACGACGAGGAGUGGGCGAGCGCGGGGCGUUGCUUCUGGUAACGGAGCAGGCGGCUCAGGUGGAAAGUGACUAAGGUCGAUGGAACCAAUCGCGAGAGUAGCUCUGUAUUCUAAAACGCAUUCAAUACCCA